CUUAUUUACUCAUAUGGCUAUAUUAUUUGAAUCGUAAUGAUCGAUACUUUUCGUUGCUUCUCGACUUCGAUUAAUCGAAUCGCUUUAUGGGGUAGUUGAGUAGAUUUCACGAUAUUCAGUGUGUCUGCAUAAAGACCGUUAUAUAAAAAAAAUUAUUUCUUUAAUGUGUUAUUUAUUAUCUACGUUUCGAUAUAAUUUAAGUCAUUUUACAUCGUCUUGUUAGUUUAUUAAUAUAAAUUGCAAAAUGAGUGAAAACGCAGAAAUUACAGGAGUAAUAUCGCCAGAAGAUGCAGCCAGAGCGGAAAAAUUUAAAGAAGAAGCAAAUGAGUAUUUUAAAAAUCAAGACUACACCAAAGCUAUAGAAUUAUAUACUAAAGCCAUAGAAUUAAAUCCUACAGUGGCAGUUUAUUAUGGAAAUAGAAGUUUUGCUUAUUUAAAAACAGAAUUUUUUGGAUAUGCACUUACAGAUGCAUCAAAAGCUAUUGAAUUAGAUAAAAAUUAUGUGAAAGGAUAUUAUCGUAGAGCCGCAGCUCAUAUGUCACUUGGGAAGUUCAAAUUAGCUCUUAAGGAUUAUAAAACUGUUACUAAAGCAAGACCAAAUGAUAAAGAUGCAAUGAUUAAAUAUACAGAAUGUUGUAAAACAUUAAAAAUGUUAGCCUUUGAAAAAGCAAUUUCUGUAGAAGAAAAUAAGAAAAAUAUAGCUGAUAUGAUUAAUUUAGAAGCCAUGGCUAUUGAAGAUGAAUAUACAGGGCCUAAACUUGAAGAUGAAAAAGUUACAUUACAAUUUAUGCAAGAUCUAUUAGAAUGGUAUAAGAAACAAAAUAAAUUACAUCGUAAAUAUGCUUAUAAAAUUCUUUUAGAUGUAAAAGCAUGGUUUAUGGCACAACCAAGCUUAGUUGAUAUUACAAUUCCUGAAGAUAGUAAAUUUACUAUCUGUGGAGAUAUACAUGGACAGUACUAUGAUUUACUUAAUAUAUUUGAAUUAAAUGGAUUACCAUCGGAAACUAAUCCAUAUUUAUUCAAUGGAGAUUUUGUAGAUAGAGGCUCCUUUUCUGUAGAAUGUAUAUUCACCUUAUUUGGAUUUAAAUUAUUAUAUCCAAAUCACUUUUUUAUGUCUAGAGGUAAUCAUGAAUCUGCCACAAUGAAUCAAAUGUAUGGAUUUGAUGGUGAAGUCAAAGCAAAAUAUUCUGCUCAAAUGGCCGAAUUAUUUACAGAGGUUUAUAAUUGGCUUCCUCUUGCCCAUUGUCUUAAUAAUAGAAUACUUGUAAUGCAUGGUGGAUUAUUUUCAAGAGAUGAUGUUACAUUAAAAGAAAUUCGAGAAAUUGAUAGAAAUAGACAACCACCAGAAGAAGGAUUAAUGUGUGAAUUAUUAUGGUCAGAUCCACAACCACAACCUGGAAGAGCACCUAGUAAAAGAGGAGUUGGUGUUCAAUUUGGUCCUGAUGUUACACAAAAUUUCCUUACUAUAAAUAAUCUUGAUUACAUUGUAAGAAGUCAUGAAGUAAAAAAUGAUGGAUAUGAAGUUGGCCAUGAUGGAAAAUGUAUCACUGUGUUCUCUGCUCCAAAUUAUUGUGAUACUAUGGGUAAUCGGGGUGCCUUUAUCACACUUAAUGGCAAAGAUAUGGAACCUCACUUCACAUCAUAUGAAGGAGUGCCUCAUCCAAAUGUAAGGCCAAUGGCAUAUGCUAAUUCUCUACUAAAAUUCAUGUGCUAGUGGAACACCCUAGGUACUGUUGAUAAAUAAAUGAAUAACAAUAACUGAAUACGAGUAGCCCAAUCAAAGUGUGCGUAAUAUAUUUGAUACCGAAAUGGAGAAGGUGAGAAAGGCUUAGGCUUCUCCAACAAUAAAAUACUGUAUUCUUUUUAGGAACAAGAAUAUCUUCUGUAUCAUAAUAAAUACAAUGAAGGUAUAAUAUUGAUGGGUACAAAAAUGAAAGAAGUUUGCUUGUUUUGACAACUGGCGAACAGAUGUAUCAAAUUUUCUUGUCUAUGAUAAGAACAAUGCCUCAUUAGCAAUUUAUGUUUCAUUUUAAUGAAAUGACGCAAAGAGAACGUUUCUAUUUUGUACCCUCAAUUAAACCACCUUAUUCACUAAAGAUAUUAAUGUUCACGCACAAACUGAAUAAAUGAUCUCAAUGAUCUCAACAGAUUAACUUAUAUUCUAAUAUUUGCAGAAGGUGCUGAACAUGUAAUGAACACACCUGUUAUUCUUUUAAUUUAUUCUUUAAGGAAUAAUGGUGGUUUUUAUAAAAUAAUAAUUAUUACAAAAAUAUCUAAUACAUAUGCGAUCUAGCAUGACUAUGUAGUACAAUUUUCCAGCCAGUCACUAUUUGUCACGUUAUUUGUGAUGACUACUUUUUCAUAAAUUUAACGUGAUUGGAAGGAUCUCUUUAAUCUAACAUUUUGUUUUUUUGUUAAUAAUAAACGAUGUUUAUAAUGUAUU